AUGGCUAAACCAUCUUCAACUACAACUAGAGCAACGACAACGUCAACUACGGCACCUAAACCGACCACGACUACUAAAACAAGCACAACUACAUCCACAUCAGCUGCAACCACUACGCAAAAGACAACGGUGACAACCACGGUUACCACAACCCAAAGGACUUCAGCAACAUCUACAGUAUCACCACCAACGACGUUGAAGAUAUCUCUGAAUCGCUCCCCGGAAAUUUUCACUGCUGGACCUCCAGCAACAGAAAGGCAAGUGCAACAGGCUGCUCGACCCCAAAAGUCAUCGAAGGAUGCAGUGUCGUUCGACAUUUUCCACAAUGGGCAGACCGUUGAGGCAGUUGUUGUUGGAACCAAAAUCACAUUGUCUUUUGCUCCUCUUUAUGCAAUUCCACCUGAAUAUAUGUCAGUCCAGGAAUGCCAAGUAGAACCUAUUGACUCAAAGUAUGAAUGGGAACGAGAACCUCUGCCCAUAAUUCGUGAGGGUUGCCAAGCUGACCUCGUAGGGUUGGUUUGUCCACCUAAGCGAUCCGACUUCGGAGUGAAGAUUACUGUUGAGUCGUUCCGCUAUCAGAGCACACCUCAUGUUCAGUAUUCGUGUCUUGUACGGAUUUGCCCGUUCGCUCCAUGUCCCACUACCAACUGUCCACCGGUCGAGGGUUGCCCAGACAAGCGUGUUGCACGCGGUCUCACUCUUGAAGAAAUUCGCCGCGCGUUGGAAGCAGAUCCAAAGCUCGCAAGUCAAAUUGGAAUUCCACCACAUAUGUUGACAGCUCGACCUGGAACCAACGGUGCGUUUGUUUCUUUCCAUUCGUGUUCUACUCAGGUUUUCAAAAAACAGAUUCGCCCCGGAAUUUUCUAG